ACUAGGCAAAAAAACCCAAACUAAAGAAAAAUAAACACACAAAAAAAGCCAAACGAAAAUGGAGCAAUUUGCGGCACAAAUAUGGCAAGAGCAGCAGCAACAACAACAACAACAAAAACCACAACAGCAAAAGCACUCCAUUGACGAGGUCAUCCCUGCUGUUGAACAACACGAACUGCAGCAACAAACUCCAACAGCAAACACUGUUGUUAUCGUCGACAAACUGCCCGCCAUUGAAGCAACCAUUAUUGACAUUCCAUUGCCGGCAGCGACAUCAUUAUCCUGCCCUACAUCGACAAACACCCACACACCCACUGUUCCAGCAGCAGUGACGGUACCACUGGCAUCGUCGCUGUCUUCCACAGCCGCUUUGUCCGCCUCGUCCUCGUCCUCGUCCUACGACACCGAUAGCAGUACAGCGAGUAGCACUUGCUGCACGCGACACGGUGAACACAUUUACAUGGAGAAGGCACAACAUAAAUUGCAACAAAAGCAGCAACAAAAAUACCUGCAGGAAAACCACCAUCAGCAGCGGCAUCAACAUCAGCAUCAGCAUCAGCAACAACAACAACAACAGACGAAGAAAUACGCUUGUAAUGCGGAUCCGGAAGCGGCGUACUUGAAGAAUGAUUUGAGGCUACAUUGGCCAUUCUUCAUGCUGGCGAUCUCGCUCAUUGAGAUCGCAAUUUUCGCUUACGACUCAGCCACAGUGCCGGGCACGGCAACAACACGUCAACUCAUCCCACACAUGCCCAUCGCAUCCGAUUCGGUUUUCAUCUAUCGUCCCGAUCGUCGUUUACAAGUGUGGCGUUUCCUCUCCUAUAUGUUUCUACAUGCCAACUGGUUUCAUUUGGGCUUCAAUGUGGUCAUUCAACUCUUCUACGGCAUCCCGCUGGAGGUGAUGCACGGUUCAGCGCGUGUGGCGAUCAUUUACUGUGCGGGCGUUUUUGCCGGUUCGCUGGGCACCAGCGUAGUCGACUCGGAGGUGUAUUUGGUGGGCGCCAGCGGUGGCGUAUACGCAAUGCUUGCCGCACACUUGGCCAACAUAACACUCAAUUACAGGCAGAUGCGUUAUGCGGUGGCGCAAUUGUUGUCGGUGUUGAUAUUUGUUUCUUGCGAUCUGGGUUAUGCGCUAUACUCACAAUAUCUCGAUGCCGACGCGGCGAUCAAGCCGACACACAUCGAUCGCACUUGGCCCAAUCUUGAUCCCCCACCAGUCUCAUAUGUCGCUCAUAUGACCGGUGCGCUGGCGGGCUUCACCAUCGGCCUACUGGUGCUGAAGAAUUUCGAACAUCGCGCUUAUGAGAAUCUUAUUUGGUGGCUGGCGUUGGGCGUCUAUAGCGCCUUCACUGUCUUCGCUAUCGUUUUCAAUCUGAUCAACACGAUGACCGGGCAGCUGGUAGAGGAGCGUAGCGAAGUUGUGGCACAACAGUUGUUGUACGAUUUGGGCGUGUCGUAAAAAGUCUGUUUGCGAUUAUGGACAAUUUAAGCGAAGAGGAUGCAAAAAAAAAACAAAAUAACUCGUAAAAAGUUUUAGUGAAAAAGUUUGGCUGAGCAAGCAAGAGAGAUUAACAAAAAUGCAGUUAGCAUAGAAGAAAAUAAGAAAAAAUAUUUCAAAUGAAAGUACGCUCGAAUUUAGUGCCGCGCGCGCGUUAAUUAACCAAACAGCUAGGAAGUUAAAAUAGCAAAUAUCGCAAACUUCAAAUUUUACUCCUACUAAAUAUUUUAAUUUUGCGCAUUUUUGUUAAUCCUUUUUAUAUUUAAUUUUUUUUUUUGUUAACAAUUACUCUAACGUUUAAAGCACCUAAAUAUUUUCGUUACAGUUCUUGUUUAAUUUAUCAUUUAAUUUCGUUACUUUUUUACUUGUUUUUCAUAUUCAAAUAUUUUGCAUCGAACGCAAAUAAAACCCCCAAAUCGUAUAAACAAAUGUUGUGAUAAUACCAAAGACUGAAUUAAUUUUGAAAAUAAAAGUAAAUAAAUAAAACACACACACACACACACAUAAAUGUGCAUUCAAGCACGCUUGAAUGACAUUUAGUUAUAGCAUUAAGAAGUGAAGAGAAAAAACAUUUAUUUAUUUAAUUAAAAUAUUUUUUUUAAUAUAAAAUUGUAAACAUCAAUGCACAAUCGGGUCACACACACACACAUAUACAAAAACCAAAUAUUGUAAAUGCGGUUAAAGUGCAUUCUGACACUUUUGUAAAUACAUACAAACUGAAGUAGCCUAAAGGUUUUUCGAAAAAAAAAAACAUAAGCGAAUACAAGUACAACGCUUGGUUUAUAUAAAUAUAUGUACAUAUAUGUAUUAGAAAAAAGUUAGGAAUCAUCUCCUCGUUAUCCCCCGCAAGUAAUAAUAGUUAAACUAAAAUGUGAACUGAAGUGUACAUUAAACGCUAUAAAUCGCAUUUUCACACAAAAUAACGCACUAGUCAACCAAAAACAAAAAUUAAUGAAAUAUAAAAAAACAACGCAGUCGACAAUUGGCCGGCAAAGGGAGCGACGAAAGCCGAGGUGCGGCUAACGAGUGCACGCUUGGAUAAAAAAUUCAGUUUCUUUUUUAAUUAAAACAAAUUUUUUUGUUCGAAAUUUUCAGCAUAUUAAAAAAUUUUAAAAAAUAAUGCGCGUCAUUGAGGUUUUUUCGGGGGACACUAAUAUUAAAAAAAUAUAUAUAUUUUCGGAAAAUUUUUCAGUUUCUAAAAAUGUAAGGUUUCGUGAAUUGAAACUUAAGUUUAAUCAAAAAAAUUGAGUGUUCGAAAAUUUCAAAAUUUUUAAAAAUUUCACACCGUGCGAACAUAAAUCUGCACGCUUGAACAGAAAACCUGAAAUUGAGAUUUUUUCAACUGAAACAAAAAUUUUUCCAAACCUAGGAUUUUCGAAAACUUUCAAUAUAUGUAUUUAAUAAAUAUUUGCGAAUGAUAAAUUUUUCAUUACAGCCAAAAUUGUGCGAUUUUAAGAGUUUUUUUAAUUAAAAGUACAAUUAUUUCAAUUUCCAAAUUUUCUUCGAAAAAUUUCGAAACCGCGGCUCACAUGUGUCUACGCUUGACCAAUUCGCUAAAUUCAUUUUUUUUUUUAAAUCGCAGUUAACAUUUAAAAAAAAUAU